AUGUCUGAGGGUUCUAAAUAUCUUUGGGUGCCUGCAAGCUCCCAGGCCUCGCGAACAAUCAUCGAACAAUCUUCGUACAGAACUACACCUGCUCAAUCCAGUGGAGAGCCGACCCCUCCUUGUGGACAACGUGUGCACAAAGUUGUGUUGAGUCUACAGGCAAUUAAGAAGGUUGAUAUGAUUCUCAAGAACGAGAUCUGUCUCGCUUCACAAAGCUCCGAGGGUGUCGGGGAGUCAUCUUUCACCGUCCAAAUGAAUCGAACUAGCAAGGUCGUUCAUGCAAAACAAGAUAAAGCUCAUUCAGAAAGCGCUCCAGAUAUUAAUGCAGACCAAGAUACGCAGAGUCUGCCUGAGAAAUCCAAAAGAGCGACACUUCAAUGA